AUGGCGACGGCAGUAGAGAAAACGAAACCUUCUCAAUCUCCGCCUCCUCCUCCAACGUCGUUUUCAUCGUUACCUCACGAUGUAGUCCUCAACUGUUUGGCUCGCGUCUCAAGAAGCUAUAGUCCAAUCUUAUCUCUCGUCUCCAAGAGUUUCCGAACACUCAUGAGUUCACCUGAGCUCCAUGCAACACGAGCCCUAAUCGGGAAAACAGAGUACGUCUGCUUAGACCUUGACAAUAAUAACAGUAAACCUCACUGGUUCACACUUUCACAGAUCCCCAAACAACAGAAACUCAUACCAAUCUCUCUGACUCACCACAAAACUCCCCAGAAGAGCAAGAGAAUCAGAAACGUGUCGAUCCUCGACUGUGGAACUCAUCAGUGUCGACUCCCCAAAUUGCGAGUACCUCGAAGAACUCCAGAAGUCUACAGGGAUGUAGUCCACGGUAACAUCUAUGUGGUAGGAGGCAGCAGGAAUAAUAGUAAGGACUGUGGAGAGGUUUACAAUCCAAAGAUCCAAAUGUGGGAGCCGUUAUCGCCGACUGUGGAUCUAGAUGGAUUGAAAAAGUGUGUCCCCUUGAAUAUUUGCACAGUAGAGGGAGAUAAUAAUUGCACAGUAGAGGGAGAUAAUAACGUGAGGUAUGAAAUAUCGGUUGAGAAAGGAAAACUAGUUUGGCGCAAUAUUGUAGAGGGUUGGAGUUUGGUCAGGGGACUUGAAAGGUUGUCUUCAAAAUCAUAUUUUCCUGAUAAUCUUGUUUCGGUGGCGAGUUUGGGCAGAGGAGGAAGAGUGGCGGUUUGGUGGAAGACGGUGGAGGUUGGUCGUCAAGGUCGGCCUUAUACUCUCCAAUUCAAAACUAAUAUUUGGUGUGUAGAGAUUUCGUUUGAGAUGCGACCAUGCUUGCAUCCUUCGGGAUUACAGUUUGAUGAUGAGCUUUGGGGAUUUGUGGAAUGGUCUAAGAGUGUCGUGUUUACCUUUGAUGGAUGUGAUUCUAGUGAUGACUUCUUUCUACAUUCUGCUAUUGUCACACUAUGA